AUGGCUACUAAUAAUGAGGGCGAAACUGUUCUUCAUUGUGCCACUGAUCACAUUGAUAUCGUCAAGUAUCUCAUUAAUAAGUGUCACUGCGAUCCAAUGGCUACUAACAAUAAGGGUGAGACUGUUCUUCACUGUGCCGCUGAUCACAUUGAUAUCGUCAAGUAUCUCGUUAAUAAGUGUCACUGUGAUCCAAUGGCUAAUGACUCUAACAACAUGACAACUCUUCAUAAAGCAGCUGAAAGCAAUUCAUCUGAUGUAGUCAAGUAUCUCAUCAAUGAGAAACACUGUGAUCCAAUGACUGUUGACAGUCAGGGGCAAACACCUCUUCACAUUGCUGCUUAUUACAGUAAUCCUGCAGUUGUUGAAUAUUUACUAUCAACUGAAAUAGACCUGAUGAGAUGA